AUGGGUGACAUUAAGGUAUGGAAUGAAACAGAGGUGACUGAAUUUGUCCUGUUGGGACUCUCAGAUAAUCCCAAACUGCAGCCUGUCCUCUUUGUGAUAUUUCUCUUCAUCUACACAUCCACCAUGGUGGGAAAUUUGGGAAUGAUUCUUCUCAUCAAGAUUGAAUCUAGACUCCAUACACCCAUGUAUUUCUUCCUCAGCUGUUUGUCCUUUGUGGACUCAUCUUACUCCUCUUCAAUCACUCCCAGGAUGCUGGUAAAUCUCUUUGAUGAAAAGAAGGCCAUCUCCUUCAAUGGUUGUGCUGCUCAGUUUUACUUCUUUGGCUCAUUUGUAGGUAUUGAGUGUUUCCUCUUAGCAAUGAUGGCAUAUGAUCGCUAUGUGGCCAUCUGCUACCCAUUAUUGUACUCUGUCAUCAUGUCUGAAAGAAUUUGCCUCUUGCUGGUAGUUACUGCAUUCUUAGGUGGAUUUAGUAAUGCAGCUGUUCACACUGGCAUGACCUUCAGGUUGUCAUUUUGUGGCUCUAAUCUGAUUAAUCAUUUUUACUGUGAUACACCUCCCCUCCUGAAACUCUCGUGCUCUGAUACUCGUAUGAAGACUGUUCUCAGACAGAAUAGCACUGAAGCUACUGAAUUUAUUCUUCUGGGACUAGUCAGUCAGCCAGAGCUACAGCCAGUCCUCUUUGUGGUAUUUCUGGUGAUCUAUUUGAUCACCUUGACAGGGAACUUUGGAAUGAUAAUACUGAUCAGACUCACACCACGACUUCAAACUCCUAUGUAUUUUUUCCUUACCCACUUGGCUCUUGUUGAUCUUUUUUAUUCUACUAAUGUCUCUCCUCAGAUGUUAAUUAACUUCUUGUCAGAGAAGAAAACAAUUUCCUAUAUUGGUUGUUUAACCCAGUGUUUCAUUUUUGUUACCCUGCUCCUUACCGAGUAUUACAUGCUUGGUGCAAUGGCCUAUGAUCGUUACAUAGCCAUAUGCAAACCUUUGCAUUACAGCACAAAGAUGUCGAAGCCUGUUUGUAUCUGCCUAAUCAUUUUUCCUUACUUGUGGGGUUCUAUGGUGGGUACAAUGCAGGUCAUUUUAACAUCUCGCCUGUCUUUCUGUGGCCCUAAUACCAUCAAUCACUUUUACUGUGCUGACCCACCCCUCUUAAUGUUGACCUGCUCUGAUACCUACAUAAAACAAACUGCACUGUUCGUAUCUGCAGGAUUAAAUCUCACAGGUUCUUUGCUCAUUAUCCUUACCUCUUACAUCUUUAUUUUUGCCACUAUCCUGCGCAUGCGUUCCACUGAGGGGCAGCGCAAAGCUUUUUCCACUUGUGGCUCCCACCUGAUGGCUGUCACUAUGUUCUAUGGGUCCCUUUUCUGUAUGUACUUAAGGCCAGCCACUGAGAGUUCUGUGGAACAAGGGAAAAUUGUUGCUGUUUUUUGUAUCUUUGUAAGUCCUAUGUUAAACCCAUUUAUUUACAGCCUAAGAAACAAGGAUGUGAAGGAGGCUUUGAAAAAGAUGGCCAACAGAAAUAUCGGCAAAACAGGAAAUCAAUGAAAUUAAAACCAUUUCUCAA